GACACACUCACACACACACAGGAAAGACAGAGAAGAUCGUGAGGAUUGUCUGUAAACUAAAGACACACAGCUUAGAACUAUGAACCUCCACGCUUUGUUCAACCUCUGAAGCUCAACAUGCUGGACAGCUACUACUGAAGCAUCUCAGCUCAUAGAAUGACACCAAACGCCACCCUUCCGUUCGUCCUCGUCACCUCAGCCGCCCGAAAUGACAAAGCCAAGGUGGUGGACAUCGAGGCCAUCAUGAACAACUUAAUCAUUGUCCUUUACACGCUGACCAUUGUAUUGGGCACCACGGGCAACUCUGUAGUCAUCUGGGUGGCAGGCUUCAAGCUCAAGCCCACCGUCACCAAUGUGUGGCUGGUCAACCUGGCUGUGGCCGACCUCAUCUUCUGCUUGAGCCGUGUGCUCUCGCUGACCAAGAAGCUCUUCUUCAACUACUGGCCGUUCGGCAUCUUCUUAUGCAAGUUCAAUGGCUUCUUCAAGUAUGCCAACAUGUUCUGCAGUGUGUUCCUGCUCGCUGUCAUCAGCAUGGACCGGACGCUCUGCAUCUGGCACCCCGUCUUUACCAAACGGCGUAGGACGAUCUGCGCCGCCCGCCUGGUGAGCGCCGGCGUGUGGGCAGUGGCGGCCAUUUUGAGCGCCCCCUACUUCACCUACCGCCAGGUUUACCUCGGCAAGAACAACCUGAGCAGGUGCUCGCUAGAUGUCAAGGAGUCAAUGAAAGGUGAUAACAGCGCUAACCUAGCUCUCUACCUAAUGCGCUUCCUAUGCGGUUUCCUGCUUCCUUUCCUCAUCAUCCUCUGCUGCUACAUCCUAGCAGGGUUAGGCAUCCGACGCACCCGCCUGUUGGGCAAGUCACGUCCCCUCCGUAUCUUGGCAUCGCUGGUCUGUGCCUUUUUCCUGUGCUGGGCGCCCUACCACUGUCUCCUACUGGUCAAGAUGGUGAACAGCAACAGUAAGGUGGUGAAGGUGGGGCUGACAGUGGCCACAGGCUUUGCCUACUUCAACAGUUGCGUGAACCCGCUGCUGUACUUCUGUAUGGGGUUGGACAUGAGAGGGUCGAGGUUCAGGCAGAGCUUAGCGGGGGUGUACCGCAGAGCACUAGCCGAUGACAGAGAUGGUCGCUCCACGCAGUCCAACGAGCGUACAGUGGAUGAUAGCUCUGGCUCUGCAUCACGACUUGCAAUGGUGAAUGUGGCCAACGUCAGUCUCAAUUGAAUGUGGCCAAAGUCUCAGGGAAGUCACAUUUGGUAUGAGGAGAAGUUUCUGUCCUUAAUAGUUCACAGGCUUGUUAUUCUUGAAUAGCUGAAAAGCUUGUGUAGACAAACAUUUUCAUAUUUUUUAUCAGUUGGGAUACAUAUAGACAUAGGGUAACUGUGAAUUUGUGUAAAUGCCUCAGGAAAUAAUUAUCACACUUUCGAAGUGUUAUGUGAUGAAAAUCACAGAAAAAAAGUGGAACUGUGUCUAGAAAAUAACAUAUCAGGAGGAAGUGGUACUUCUGGGGAAAGUCAUAGAUGAUAAGUUUUAUAUGUGUUUGGAAAACAUGGAAAAGUGGAAAUACAAAGAUAUCUAUUUUUCAUCUCAUGAGACAAGAUUGUAAUUGGAAAUGACAAAUUGGGGCGAAAAUGGGGCGUAAAAUGCCCUGGCAAAUAUUCUUACACUUAUCGGUGUAAACUACAACAUUAUCCCAAUUUGAUAUGUUGCUUAAGGGACAGCUCACAAUUUACUGGGGGGCGCUUGGGUGUUCCAAAAUAGGGGAGGGUUGUGUGUUUUUUUAUUGGGCACUGGUUUUACUAGAUAAUUUCUUCCAUCCUAGCCAAAUUUCCUCAUCUGCUUGCAUGCACCUCCUCUAUAUCAAGAUGUAUUGGUGCUUCCCUAAAUGCACAUGCUUUUCCAUGUGCUAACUUUUACUAUACCACAGGUCAGUAUAGUCUACCAGUCUAUCCAGCACUCAUAGUGACAAUAGUGGUAGGUGGAUAAUUUGUCCAGAUCUGCAAUAGGCUAACUAACAAUCACACCACACAUAAAACCAUUCAAAGCUGCACCUCAUUCACUCUCAUUGAUGAUUCAAAGGGGGGAAAUAAAGAGUUGAGAGAAAAUAGAAAGAAAGGUAGAGGGGAGUCAGAAGAAGAGGAUGUGAUCUGGACAACUUGACUUGAGGAAGCGUGGUGGUCGCUUGUUUCUCUUUUAGUCACCACAUUGCUCCUCCUAGUCAGACUGUCUCUAUCAUGUCUCAGUCAUAUGACUGGUCUCUACUUCAAACUAACUGUAUCAGAGGUGAACACAGAGGCCUAGCUUAAUUAAGCUCUGUGGUUGCCAGAUCAGAUAAAACCGUGUGGUCAUGUUUCCACUUAAUAUGCAAUGUCAGACACCACACUCACAGCGGAAGAGGAAUUAAAACCACAAUUCAAUUCACUUUAUGACUCUCUCGCUCCCGUCUUCCAUGUCUCUCUUUCUCUCUCUCUCUCUUCUUCUCCUCUCUCUGAUUAUAUUUUUCAGAAAGAAAAAGUAUGAAAGAGACAAUUCAGCUGACAUCUAUUUAUCUUUUGAUAAAUAUUCUCAAUGGGAAUCAAAACUGUUUUCCUGUACUGUCUGAAACUGUGUAGCUAGCGGUGUCAUACAUGAAAGGCCUAAACGUCCAGGAUGCAGAGAAACAGAUAUCCCCCUCAGGACAAUGGAGGAAAGGAACAUAAAUGGAUGGGAACAAACAGAAUAGACCAGCCAGCUGCACCCUAGUUUUUCUCAUCUUGUUGAUGCUCCUUGCAAGAAAUUCCCUCCGUAUCACCAUUGCUUUGCUUAGACUGAAUUUAACAUAGGUCGAAAUGUCCAAUACAAAAAAAAACAUUUUUACUGGUUUGAAUAGUGUAAAUGGUGAUACUGUAAAUAUUGUGAUAUAUUUUUGGUCAUUUUAUCUCUUCAAUGUAUUAUACAAUGUAAAAUAUGUUUAAAGCAAAUUGACCAAUUGCCAUUGUUGAGAAAGUACCAUGCCAACGGAUAUCGCAUUCUUCAAUCAACAUGUUGACCUAUAGGAAGAGGGAACUCCUACUGUAUGUCUGAUUCAUUUGAUUUGUCAGGAAUCAAAAGGUCUUGAAUUGAGCAACAUGUGAAAUAAUAAAAUGGGUUGAAGGCAGUGUGGUGAAUGGUGCUGCUGUGUAUGUAAGUACACAAGUUAGGUUUUUCUUUGCCUCUAUUCCAGCAACACACAUCCUCUAUAGUUGCUUUUUCACUGGUCAACAUUCACAAG